CGUUUCUUCCUCCCGAACAUCUAUCUCGUUCUUCUGCCCGUCUGCAAACUCUGUCAAGACGCGAUUCAACGGUGGUUCUUUAUCGUCGCCCGUUUCGCCUCAGUUUCGCUGAACCCACCUCCUCAAGGACAACCCGGCACCUGUCUCAAGCCAUCAGCCCCUCCACGCUUGCGCUUGAGCCUGUGUCAUUCAACGGCCCCUCGGCCAAACAGAUACUCCGCACCGUCACCAUGUCUGCCCCGGUCACGGAACAGCAGCAGCAGGCGUCGCAGCAGCCACAGCAGUCGACGACGCCAUCAACGUCGGCCAGCGACUCCAAGUCGACAACUCCGGCCCCGAGUGCUGCUUCCAACACCUCCCAGAGCAGCGCUACCCCCUCCAAUUCUUCCGAUGAGAACCUCGUCUGCCGCUGGAAUGCCUGCAACCAAAAGUUUGGCUCCCCAGAGCUGCUCUAUGAGCACAUCUGUGAGCGCCAUGUUGGCCGCAAGAGCACAAACAACCUCAACUUGACUUGCCAGUGGAACUCGUGCCGUACCACCACGGUCAAGCGAGACCACAUCACCUCUCACAUCCGUGUCCACGUGCCCCUGAAGCCUCACAAGUGUGAGUUCUGCGGCAAGUCCUUCAAGCGUCCUCAGGACUUGAAGAAACACGUCAAGACCCAUGCCGAUGACUCGGUCUUGGUCCGCCCGUCUCAGGACCCCCAGGGCGGACUCAAUUAUAGGCCUCAGCCUCCCAAGGGCCCUUCUAGCUAUUAUGAUCACAAUGGCCAGAUGCGAACUAACGCUGCCGCCUUCACCCACCAGCCUGGACCUCCUAGUGGCUAUUAUGCCCCUCAGCCCUCCACCAACUAUGGUCUCUACUUCAACCAGCCGCCCAUGAACAAUGCCCGCACCGAGCACCUCGGCUACAACACCGCCCCUGCAGGCUACGAUCGCAAGCGCACCUUUGACAUGGUUGAUGACUUCUUCGCCAACGCCAAGCGCCGCCAGAUUGACCCCUCAUCUUAUCAGCAGAUUGGCCGCUCCCUGAUGCCCCUCCACGGUACCCUCUCCAUCCCCAACGGGCCCAUGGCCGCUGAGCAGCAGUACAUGCCUCAGCCGGCCGGCCAUGCUGUGAUGCACGGCGGCCCUGCCCCCAGCCAGAACCCCUUGGCUCAGCAGUACUACCUGCCUAUGCCCAACGCCCGGACCCAGAAGGAUCUCGUCCACAUUGACAACCUGCUCGGCCAAAUGCAGGACACCAUAUAUGAGAACGCCAGCCAUGCCACUGCCGGUGUCCACAUCCACAGCGGGGAGAACAACUUCAACGGAUACCGCAGCACACCCUCACCCCCCACUGCCCAUCGCUCCCCUGGUGGAAUGCCAGUGACGGCCGAGAACUACCACUCCGUAUCUGCGGCUAGCAUGGCCUCACCCAUGACAGCCAUCUCCUCCACCGGAACUCCUGCAGUCACCCCGCCAUCAAGCUCCAUGUCAUACACCUCUGGCCACUCCCCAAGUCCCUCGUCCUCGGCCAUGUCUCCCCAGUCCCGUCAUGGUUCAACGGCAUCGGGCUCUGUCAUGUAUCCCAACCUGCCUACCAGCCUUCCCGCCGUCAGCCAGGGCUUUGGCCACUCUGCCACGACUACUCUUGGACCCAGCUUUGAGAGCAAUGAGCGCCGACGUUACUCUGGUGGUAUGCUCCAGCGGGCACGUGGCGGCCCUCUUCCCCGACCUCGUGAGGAUACCAGCGGCGCCUCCACGCCUAAGGCUAGCGAGUCUGCUCUUUCGGUCGGCUCCCCCUCUUCCGAGUCGGACACCAGCGAUGCUACCCGUGAGCGCGAGGAGCAGUACGACCGCUGGCUUGAGAACAUGCGCGUCAUCGAGACCCUGCGAGAGUACAUUCGAGGCCGCCUUGAUCGCAAGGAGUUUGCGGAAGAAGGCCAAGAGCGCCGGCCUUCCAGCGACAGUGAUGCCAUGGACAUCGACGUCAAGAGCCCCAAGGGAUCUUCAAUUGAGCUUCCUCCCAUCAACGCUCCUCGAGAGGGUUCUUCUCUCUACCCUAUUCUUCGCAUGCCUGGUUCUUAGGGAACUCAUUCAUCACUGGCUGCUAGUCGGGCUGUAUUUGUAUGAUUUUCCUUCUGUCUGCAGUGGUCUAAGAUUUGCCUGUGUGCAACUAUAGCUUCCCGCUGUCCUCUAGUUUUGGCUGAAAAAUAUGUCGUGUUGGGUUGCUGGGUGGAUAGGUCUGUUCUUUCAUGAGCCGUACGGCUUCAAAGGGUAUUUUGAAGAUACGAGAUAUGCAAAGCAUGAUUUCUUUUGGAUUCCAAAUUUUCCUCUUUCUAGUUAUCACCAUAUUCUCGUGGCGGUGGCGAGUUUCGCAUGUCGAGGUUCUGAUGGGUUAUGAUUGACUGGGAAAGAUGAUUUGGGUUGAAGGAUGCUGGCUAAGGGUUGGGCUUUCUAUUUCGCUAGCGCGUAAAAAUCAAUUGACGUACUGGAACUGAAA